GUGGUAAGCGGCAGGCAGCUAUGGCUGAGACCAAGGAAAGCCAUCAAUUCGAUCGGCUCGACAAGGAGAUCGAUCUGGUGAACAGAGAUCCCAAACAUCUCAGCGAUGGAAUUGUGAAAGUGGAGUUUGAGGAAGCAGUGGCUGAGCCAGACGGAGUGUACAGUUUCCCCGCGGUGUGGAGCAUCAGCCACAAGGCCUUCGCCGUCUCGGGCUACUGGAGCUACAGGCUGCUCACCGCGCUGUUCGGGGUGCCCAUGGCCGUCCUAUGGGGCUUCCUGUACGCCUGCAUCUCCUUCGGCCAGGUCUGGGCGGCCGUGCCGUGCGUCCGCUGCUUCCUGCUGGAGCUGGAGUGUUUGGCGAUUACCUUCCCAGUCUGUAUCCGAGGGAUCUGCGACCCCUUCUUCCAUGCUGCCGGGGGUCUGCUGCUCAGUAUCCGCCUGGCUCUCAGGAAGGAGCCCUAGCAACGCACAGGGAGGGAACGCAUCUGCCCCUGCCUGUCCACCACUGACCCUCAAAGACACGAGGGUCACAGCAGAGAGAGACACAGACUCUCAUCACACUGGCACAGCUAUCGAGUGACUAAACCCCCUCUGACAGAAAUCUGUAUCUCUCACACACCAGCCCAACUUUCUCUCCCCCCACCCCCCUCUCUCUCUCUCUCUCUCUCAGGGAGAUAUCUGUACACUGACUGGUGUCUCUCAGUCCCCCCUCUCUCUCAGGGAGAUAUCUGUACACUAACUGGUGUCUCUCAGUCCCCCCCCUCUCUCUCUCAGGGAGAUAUCUGUACACUGACUGGUGUCUCUCAGUCCCCCCUCUCUCUCUCUCGGGGAGAUAUCUGUACACUGACUGGUGUCUCUCAGUCCCCCUCUCUCUCUCAGGGAGAUAUCUGUACACUGACUGGUGUCUCUCAGUCCCCUCUCUCUCUCUCUCGGGGAGAUAUCUGUACACUGACUGGUGUCUCUCAGUCCCCCCCUCUCUCUCUCUCAGGGAGAUAUCUAUACACUGACUGGUGUCUCUCAGUCCCCCCUCUCUCUCUCUCAGGGAGAUAUCUGUACACUGACUGGUGUCUCUCAGUCCCCCCUCUCUCUCUCUCAGGGAGAUAUCUGUACACUGACUGGUGUCUCUCAGUCCCCCCUCUCUCUCUCUCAGGGAGAUAUCUGUACACUGACUGGUGUCUCUCAGUCCCCCCUCUCUCUCUCUCAGGGAGAUAUCUGUACACUGACUGGUGUCUCUCAGUCCCCUCUCUCUCUCUCUCAGGGAGAUAUCUGUACACUGACUGGUGUCUCUCAGUCCCCCUCUCUCUCUCAGGGAGAUAUCUGUAGACUGACUGGUGUCUCUCAGUCCCCCCCUCUCUCUCUCUCAGGGAGAUAUCUAUACACUGACUGGUGUCUCUCAGUCCCCCCUCUCUCUCUCUCAGGGAGAUAUCUGUACACUGACUGGUGUCUCUCAGUCCCCU